CACGUGGUUCACGUUGCAAGCAUGGCUUCUUCUGCGAAGAGGAGGGCAGUGGGUUCGGGUGAAAACCCCAAGGAAAGCGACAACAGCUCGGAGGAAAUCUCGGACGACGAUGUGGACUCCGGAGAGGAGGGCAGCGACACCCCGGACGAAGAGAUCAGUGAGGAGGUCGUAGUGGAUUUUGAAGCCCACACCAUUUCAGACAACGACUUUAAUGGCAUAAAGAAACUGUUGCAGCAGCUCUUUCUGAAAGCUCAUGUAAACACAUCAGAUGUUACAGACAUCAUCAUCCAACAGAACCAUGUUGGAAGUGUCAUCAAGCAAGCCGAGGUGCCAGAGGACAGCGAUGACGAGGAUCCAGAUGAGGUGUUCGGCUUCAUCACCAUGCUCAACCUCACGGAGAGAAAGGGUGUGCAGUGCGUGGAGGAGAUCAAGGAGCUGAUCGUGGACCAGUGUGAGAAGAACGCUGCCCACAGUGUGACCGAGCAGCUGGAGAAGAUCUUCAGCGACACCAGCAAGCCUGUUGGGCUGCUGCUGAGCGAGCGCUUCAUCAACGUACCGCCACAGAUUGCCCUCCCGCUGCACAAACAGCUCCAGGAAGAAAUAGCUGAAGCUCAAAGGACAAAUAAGCCCAGUGGGAAGUGCCACUACUGCCUGAUGAUCAGCAAGACCUGCAAAGAGGCGAGCAAGAAUAUCCCUGCCAGAGGAGGAGCUCCCAAAGAGGAGCACAUGUUCGUCAAUGCAGAGGAGGAGUUCUUUUAUGAGGAAGCCGUCGUAAAGUUCCACUACUCUGUCCAGGAGGAGGCAGACUCUUGCUUGAGCGGCAGGUGGUCAUUUGACGAUGUGCCCAUGAAGCCGUUCAGGACAGUGAUGUUGAUACCCACGGACAGAAUGCCUGCUAUUAUGGACAAACUGAAAGAGUAUCUGACCAUCUGAAGCAGGCGCCAACCUGCAGACCUGCAGGAUUGUGGAAAUACAUCCAGAUACUUCUCCAUCACAAAGUAGUUUCAGGAUUUUUUUAUUGUAGUUUCCUCUUUACAACUGCAAACACAUUUUUUUGUUCUACCUGAUCUAUUUAGGACACAAUUCAGAGGGAAGUUGUACCAAAUUCUAAUACUGCAAAGGUAAAAAUUGAUCUAACGGUUCACAAGCUACAACAGUGACUAAGAGAUGUCACGUCUCAGCUGAUAGAGGCAAAGGACUCAGUUCAGUAAACAUUUGCGUUUACACAUUUAGAAGCAGUUUCGUCCUUGCAGCAGAUGCACAUAUUUCAUACAAUUUCUAAAACUAAGUAAAUAAAGAGUGUUUCGGAAGCAAAUUCUUGAAUUAUUUGGUCAAAAUACCUCUGUAUUCCUGUACAUCUCUUGUUCCUGAUGAUAAUGAAAUAAAAUUACUCCUUUUCAUUCUUUUACAUUGGUAUUUCUUAUUGCCAUGGUAACAGGUGUACUUAUGGACAGGUAGUGUACAGUGGUGUUUUCUACCUUUU